AUGGGAAUUCAAGUUCUUUACCCAAUAGGCGAAGACGCUGAAGACAUCGACAUUAAUCUCAAUAUCAAUCUAGAGUUAGGCCUCACCCCAGACAACAUAUUAGCAAUCCAUGGCCUCAACGGUAACCCUUUGAACACGUGGACCGAACCUAAAAGUCAAAAGCUUUGGUUCCGAGACUUCUUACCCAAAGACAUACCGAAUGCGCGAAUAAUGACCUUCGGUUACGAUGCGACCGCUGCAUUUGAACGUUCAACUGCUGGAAUCCUCGAACAUGCUCGAGAUUUGUUACGCUGCGUAGAGGAAACAAGAAUUAAUGAGCAAGAGAGAAAUCGCCCUAUAUUAUUUUGUGCACAUUCCUUGGGAGGAUUGGUGUUGAAACAAGCACUUCUCGUUGCAGCCGAGACUGGACAUAAACAUUACAAACCGAUAUGGGAAAACACUAUUGGGGUAUUGUUUUUUGGUACUCCUCAUAGAGGUAGCUCUCUUGCUGCAUACGGUGCUCAACUUGCUCGUGUACCAACUGCUUUGUCCAUGAAGCCGACCCCACAGCUCCUCGAGUCACUCAGUACUGGGAGCUUCAUUUUGGGAGAAUUAAAUGGCAAAUUUAGGAAAUUGAUGGAUAAGAAUCGAGGAUCUAGAGAGAUUGCAAGCUUUUAUGAGACGAGAACGAUGCUUGCAUGGAGGAGUCUGGUAGUUGAACAAGCUUCUGCUUUGAUAAACCCGCCCGAGUGUGAAACGAUGUGGGAAACCCCAAUUCCAGUAGCUGCUGACCAUCGGGACAUGUGUCGAUUUUCUUCCACCGAUAAUCCAGCAUACAAGACAGCCGUCCGCACCAUUCAGCGCCUGCGAAGAGGCAACGCCGAUGAAGAGAUAACAAACCAAGUCUUUUUGGUACCACAGGCCUUGAGUAAGGACUUUACCGGAAGAAACGAUAUCCGAACUCUGGUUACAGCAGGGCUGAUAGACCAAAAUUAUCAGAAAAAAAAAGAACAAAAGCGCUUGGUUCUAUGGGGAUUAGGUGGAAGUGGCAAGACGCAGAUUUGUUUAAAGAUCGCAAAUGAUUACAGAAACAGAUUUUGGGGGAUAUUUUUUAUCGACGGUUCAAGUAUCAACAACGCUAUCAAAGGGUUUGAUGCGAUCGCCAAGGCCUUGAAGAUCCGUGUGUCCCAAGAUCCAUUGGUGCUAGUAGAAGAUGUCAGAGAGCAUCUUGCCACUAGGCCAAGAUGGAUGCUCAUAAUCGAUAAUGCAGAUGAUCCCGAUUUGGAUUUGUGGCAGUUCAUUCCACUUAGUGGAAACUCUAGCAUCUUAAUCACAACUAGAAACCGAGCAGCCGUCAAAUAUGCGACUACCGGCUCCACUACUGUUGAGAGGAUGAGCGAGAAAGACGCGAUGACUUUGCUACUCAAGAGUUCUGGGUUAGACAACAUGUUAGAUCUGGGAAACAACUGCCCAGCGCAUCAUAAAAAGAAGGAGACAGCAUUAAAGAUUGUCAGAAGUCUAGGGUUCCUCGCGCUUGCAAUUAUUCAGGCAGGAGCUGCUAUUCGCCAGCGUUUUGUCAGUCUCGAAGACUUUAGUGUAUUGUACACUCAAAGAAAGAAAGAUUUACUGGAAAGCGGGCGGUCAAAGGAAGAAACUGGGCUUCAGUGUUCGGUAUAUACCACUUGGGAAAUUUCAAUCAAAAUGAUCGAGGCGGUAAACGAAAAGCAUUCCGUGUUAGCUCUCGAAAUUUUGCAAUACUUCGCAUUCAUGCAUUUCGAUGGCAUCACUGAGCAAUCGUUUGAGAUGGCUUGGAGAGAGUCCACACGCCAAGGCCAUGUAUUCUUUUCGUCUGUCCCAAAAUGGAUGCAAACAAUGCCUGAUGAGUGGGACCAAUUAUUGAUCGGCAGAGCACUGGCACUACUGUUGUCUUUCUGUCUUAUCACCAUGGAUGCCGACCGUCGGGUUUCGAUACAUCCGCUGGUCCACCAGUGGUCGUUGGAAAGAAUGAUAGAAAUAGAAAGACGAGAGGUAUGGCUAGAAACCAUUGUGACGAUAACGGCAGCGAUUAGUUGGUCCCCAGGGGUAGAGGGAUUCACACAUCGAAAAUCAUUGCUACCACACUUAGAUGCGUGUAGAAACGUGUAUGCCUUUGAUCUUUCCGGGCGCAAUCCCCACGUUGAAGCACACUUGUCUGCGGCUUUGUCGUUUGCAUUAAUAUACCGGGAAAACAACCGUAUCAACGACUCCAUAAAGCUAACGAAACAAUGUUUGGAUAGCGUCGAAGCGAAUCUACCCGCUAGUCAAAGUCACUAUAUCCCAACGCUGAAGUGUUACGCUGCGGAUCUCAGUCACUUGGGUAAGUAUGAUGAAUUGGCAGAGAUCUGGCAAAAAAUCCUGAAACUAGAAGAAAUCUCUUUCGCAGAGCCAGAAAUUGUUGCACAAAGUCUGAUUGCCACAGCCACAGCAAAUAUCCUUAUUGGGAGGCAUCAAAAAGCUAUUGAAUUAUGCAGAACGGUGCAGUCCGACUUCCGAGAGACGCUGGAACACAACAACACUGCAAUACUCGAGGCGGCCGAAGUCAUAGGUUACGCUAAGAAGGCAAUGGGACAGCCAAGAGAAGCCCUCAAGCAUCUAGAGAAGUGCCUUGAGGUUCGUGUGCAGACCAGGGUCGGCCAUCCAACCCUCCAAGAAAUCGAACUCGUUGAGCAGUUGACUGAUUUGUACAAUGAACUUAAGCGCUCCAAGAAAGCACGUUCAAUGGCAGAACGCAGAGUUGAAAUAUAUAGUCAGAUAUACGGACCUGACGACCGAGCUACCGUGGCUGCGAAGGUUGCUUUUGAGGAAACUCGCCAUAAUUCGGGUAUGUUAAACAUUCGAAGAAGAGCUAGGUGCAUAGGCGUCUCAGAAAAGGCUUGUGCUUUCGCGCGGCAGCAAGACCAAGGCGAGCCGAGUAUAAACACUUUAUUCUCUAUGGAGCAGCUCGCUCGUGUGUACUGUGAUUGUGGCCUGCUAGAAAAGGCAAAACUCUUGCAGGAAGAGAUCGUUGCAAUUUACAUGCAUAAAGGGGGGCUGGGAAGAGAGGACACUGUGAGAGCUAUCAAAUAUCUCCGAAGGAUUGAAUUUGGUAUCAAAGUAAGAAGAGUAGUUUAUUGGUGGGUCCCAAAGACAUUACGUGAUAAGGAUUGGGCGAGUGAAAAAGUACAGAACGAACCUGCGUGGUAG